AGUGUUUGGUACAGGAAACAAGAGUUCUGGAGUCAACAGUUCUACACGUUGCUGUGGGAGAGAGUAUGGGCUAGUGGUUAGAGCAAGGGACUUCUGGGUCCAGACGCCUGGGUUUUAUCUCGGGCACUGGGAGAGGAGUAUGCUCUAGUGAUUAGAUUAAGACGGGACAGGAAGCAGGACUUGUGAACUCUGUUCCUGGCUGUGAGAGGGGAAUGUGAACUAGUGGUUAGAGCAGUGGUAGAGAACUGAAAAACAGGACUCCUGGGUGUUAUGCCUAUUGCUGGGUGGGGAGUGAGGUCUAGGGUUAGAGCAGGGCUGAAUCGAUGGUCUAGUGGUAAAAAAAAGAAGUGAAUAAACUAAACUCUGUAAGCCCCAGAUAAGCAGUGGGUCAGGAUUUCUGGGUUCUCGUCCUCGCUCUGAUCGGCACAUGGUUAAAGCAACAGACUGGGGGAUCCCCAGCUCCGCUUCGUGGUGUGCGGCGAUUGGCUUCUCCUCCCUGCCUGCGCCCCCUGCUUAGCAAAGACACCAACCAAAUAGCCCACUCGCCUUCCGGCGCUAGCUCGGGGGGACGUGCGCCCUGAAGAUCCACCCAGGCGAUGCUGCAAACUUUCAGAAACUCUAACUGGGGGCUUGUUCCGGUGUCUCGGCAGCUGGUUUCGUGGCUCUGUGUAUGUGUGUGUGUGUCCUGUACAGCUUGCUCAGCGAGUGUGCAACCCAGCGCUUCCUGCUUCAGCACAAGCUCUUUCCUGUUCGCUCGCCGCCGGCCGCUUUGUCCACAUUCCCGCUCCCCACUGGACGGUGAGCGCUGGGCAGCCCCCGGGCCCCCGCGACAGGCGGCGGGGACCGUGUGAGCCCCUGGCAUGUGGUCUGAUUUUGCAACUGCUUCCUUUCCCAGCUGUUUCUCUGUUCCUUUUUCCUCUUACCAGGGAAACUCGGCCACAGGCUGCAACUUUAAGCCAAGUAUGUGACUGGGGUUGCCAAGUACCUUGUGGAGGGAAUUGUGGGACAGUGUUGGCUGAUGGGUUGCUGACCAGCUAUCUCUGCUUCCCAUGUGGGGCUGGCGCCAUGAGGAAGAGAUGGAGGGGAGCAUGGCUCCUGCUACUGGCACUGAAGAUCUUUGGGUUUCAGGAAGGUGACCCAGAGGAACCCACAGGGCUGAAGUGUUACCAGAUGGGCCCCAGCGGGGGCAUGAAUUGCACAUGGCCCAGCAGGACCGGCCCUGAGGCUACCACCACCUACACUCUCCACUACCAGAGCCUGAAAUUCAAACGCAACCGGACGCAGAGUUCCCAGGCACUCGCCGGACAGAGCUGGGUGGUGAUUGGAAGAAGCAACCUGACGCACAAUGAGAACUAUGCCGUCUGGAUGGAGGCUGGUGACGGGACCCAGAUCACUCCAAGGCUAACUCUGACCCUGCACGAGAUAGUGAAGCCGGAUCCCCCUGUACUGACCCUAGAGGACGUGACCCCUGUGGUCACCGUGAGCUGGACAAAUCCCCAGUGGCCCAAGCAUUUCUCCCGGGAUCUGGCCUGCCACCUUCGCUACCGGGUAUCUGGGACCCCCAACUGGACAAGGGUUCAUGAGGAGGAUGUUGAGCCCAACAACUACGAGUUCUCCAGCCUGGAGCCUUUCACGGCCUACGAGGUGCAGGCACGCUGCAUCCCUGAGGACCGGAAGGGCUUCUGGAGCGACUGGAGCCCGUCCCAGACCUUCCAGACUCCCGAGGCUGCCCCGCUGGGCCUGGUGGACGUGUGGCAAGUGGCCAGCCCUGCUGAGUCCGGAGAGCCCAGCCUGCUGCUGCUGUGGAAGCCGCUCAAUUCCGAAGCAGCCAGGGGAGUCAUUCGCAGCUACAGCCUGGCCUUCCGGAUGGGCAGCGAUGGCUCCGAGAGCCCCCUGGAGUCCCCCUGCUGCAACGUGAGCCUCCCCUCCAGAACUACCCACGUCUGGAUCUCGGCAAACAACCACGUCGGGCGGACGCAGCCUGCCAACCUCAGCUUGGAGCGGCAGGAUCUACCUGCCCCGGUGGGGGUCCAGGCUGCAGCCGUGCAUGGGCAGGAUCUCCGCAUUACCUGGGAGCCCAGCAAGGACCCACUGGAAGGGGAGCCCAUGGAGUACCUGGUGGAGUGGGCCAAGGAGUGCAGCAUCUCAAAGGCGGCAUCCCUGGGCUGGGUGCGCAGGGCAGCUGGCGUUCACAGUGCCCUGCUGACAGGUGACUUCAGGCCACUGGUGCCGUAUCAGGUCCGCGUGUAUGGGCUGUACCCUGGGGGCUUUGGUGCAUCGGCCCCUAUCCGAGCCUACACCCAGGAAGGAGUGCCAUCGGCAGGGCCCCAGGGCCUGCAGGAUCGUAGCAUCUCCAAGGAGGCGUCUGUCAUCUCCUGGGAGGCGAUCCCGCUGGCGCAACGCAACGGGCACAUCACCCACUACACCCUCUACCUCGCCGCGCCCACGGGGAGCCCACAAACUUACCAGCCCAUCGCUGCUACAGAGACAAGCUACAACCUCUCAGGUCUGGAGCCUGGCACCUCCUACCAGCUCUGGAUGACGGGCUCCACCUCGGCUGGGGAAGGAAACGCCAGCUCCAUCCACCUCUUCCACACGCCAGAUUCCCGCUGGGAGACUGUCCUGGCUUCCCUCCUGGUGGUGGGAUUCCUCCUUUUCCUGGCCAGCGUCCUGGGAGCUGUCCUGCAUGUGCAGCUGCUGGACCUGUGCCACAAGGUGCUGCCCAACUGGUGCUGGGAGAAGGUCCCAGAUGCCACCCACAGCAGGAUUAUGCUGCACGAGGUGGACAGGGAUCCCCACAGCUACAGGGGGCCUUUGGUGAGGGACCUGGACGUGGAGGAGCCCCCCAUCACCGAGCUUGAUAUCGGGGAACCACCAGAGCACGUGAACCAGGGCUACUCAACUCUGCCCCAGCUGGAGUCUCCUCUGCCUGCCCUGCCCCACAGUGGGGGGGCUGACGACUGGACCGGGAGCAAGCCCAGGACAGAAGAGCUGGUGCCAAGCAGCCCCACCCUGGAGGAGGCGUGGGGAGACCAAGCCCCAGCCAUUUCUGGCUACGAGAAACAUUUCAUGCCCACCCCGGAGGAGGUGCUGGGACUGGCCUGAGGGAUGCAGCUGGCCAAGAACCACCAGCGCCACACAGCACUUCCCCAGGCACUGGGGAUACCCAGCCAGGAGGGCCUGGCUCAUGGGGCCAAAGUCUGGGACAUGGGGUCUUUCCCCUGUAGGGGGCGCCGACUCCAAGCUCAGGUUGGGGCACUCUUUGGGGCAGGGAAUGGGUCCCAGAGACUUUCCCCUGUUAGUGGUGCAGGCUUUGAUCCAGCCUUAAUUCUGCAGUGACCAAAUUGCCCCUGUCUGAUGGACGGAGUUUGCUGGUAUAAUGCGUCCCUCCUAGACCACCUCCCCGACAGGCUGCCUUAGUAGACACGCCAAAGACCGAAUGGCCCAUGGAGACCGAGUUCCUCUCCGGACUCCCAGCCCCCUCUGCUCUAACCACUACACACGCUACUCCUCUCCUGGAGCUGGGGAUAGAUCCUAGGAGUCCUGACUCCCAGCCAGGGGCGGCUCUAGCAAUUUUGCCGCCCCAAGCAGGCACCGCCGAAUUGCUGCAGCUGGACACGGACUGCUGCCCCAUUCUAAUUGCCGCCCCGAGCACCGGCUUCGAGAGCUGGUGCCUGGAAGCGGCCCCUGCUCCCAGCCCCCUCCUCCCAGAGCCUGUGACAGACCCAGACUCUGUCCCUCUAAUUGUCAGCAGCCCAUCACCCUGGUAUCACAGUUCCCACAAGUUCCCUCCUCCACAGGCCAGCUUUCUCCCCAUUCUCGAGCCCUGCUUGAGCUCGGAGCUGCACACCAUGCAGUUGUAUGGCAUUUUUUUUUUACUUGUACACGUUCUUUUACCCUU